CUCUCCUCUUCACCUCCCUCCUCUCUCUGUUUCUCUGGCAGCGGCAGAGGUGAAGCCGAGUCGCCGCUGCUCCUCGUCGCUCGGGCUCCCUGCUCCUCUAACACAGGGGGGUAAAAAAAACGGCUCUCGGAUUAUCAUCCAGCUCGAUAAACGCAACUAGCUCACCGGCUAACGGUCAGGACAGCAGCCGAGGGAAGCGCCAUGAGAAGCCGCUGGAGCCGGUGAAAGUUACUUCGGGGGACGUUAAUGCACGGAAACACACGAAGAAGACGAAGAAGUAGGUUCGCGGGUCAUGCCGUCGCACCCGACGUGGACUUUUCUCUAGGAUAUCCAAGGCUAGCUCCGCGGGCUAGCGAGGCUACAAACUCUUUUUAAUUGGCUUUCGGGCUCCAUGGCUCUCGCUCGUUUCUCCCCGUCAUAGCGAGAGCUCGGCGUGAAGGCGAACACGGGGGGACGAGAGAGAGGGAGAGAGAGGCUCCGCCGCGGAGUUCAUGACAAACCAAAGCCCGACUUUUGACGCGUUUCUUCGGAAGAAGAGAGGGGCAAAGGAGCCGAAAAUGAAGAAGCAGUUCAACCGCAUGAAACAGCUCGCAAAUCAAACUGUUGGCAGGGCAGAGAAGACUGAAGUCCUCAGCGAUGACCUCCUGCAGAUCGAGCGGCGGAUGGACCUGGUGCGCGUCGUGUCCCACAACACGCACAAGAGGAUGGUGUCGUGUCUGCAGGGACACAUCGGCGCAGACGCAGAGAAGAGACACUCCGUACCACGCCUCUAUACCGGAAACGGUCAGAAAAAGCUGCCUCUCACUGCGCUGUCCCAGGCGAUGGUGGAAGGUGGAAACCAACUGGGAGAAGACUCCUUGAUCGGGAAGAUGAUGGAAGUGUGCGGCGAGGCGGAGAACCGUCUGUCUUCAGAGCUGAUGCAACACGAGCUGCAGAUCGAGAAGGACGUUCUGGAUCCUCUGAGUCAGCUCGCAGAGGUGGACAUUCCCAACAUCCUGAAGCAGAGGAAACAGCUCGCCAAGUUAGUGCUGGACUACGAUUCUGCCAGAGCAAGAUGGUUGCAGGCAACCAAGUCAAUAAUCUCAGGAACAAAUACACAAGCACUGACGGCCAAGGCUGACCUGCUCAAGGAGGAGGUGGAUGAGGCCAUGAACAAAGUGGAGCUUUGCAAGGAUCAACUCGCUGCAGACAUGUACAGUUUCUCCUCAAAGGAAGGCGACUAUGCCUGCUACUUUGUAACGCUCUUAGAAGCUCAAGCUGAUUACCACAGAAAAUCUCUCAGUCUCUUGGAGAGUGUCCUGCCAACCAUCCAGGCUCAGCAAGACUCGUGGACCGAGAAGCCUGCGUUUGGCACCGGGCUGGACGAACACCUGAAGAGGAGCGGGCGAGAGGUCGCUCUGCCGUUAGAAGCCUGCGUCAUGAUGCUUCUGGAGACUGGCAUGAAGGAAGAGGGUCUGUUCAGAAUCGCAGCAGGAGCAUCCAAGCUAAAGAAGCUAAAGGCGGCGCUGGACUGUUCCACGUCACAACUGGAGGAGUUCUACUCCGACCCCCAUGCUGUUGCUGGAGCUCUGAAGUCUUACCUGAGGGAGUUGCCGGAACCUCUAAUGACCUUCCAGCUUUAUGAUGAAUGGAUCCAGGCGUCGAGUGUGUCGGACCCAGACAAGAGGCUGCAGGCGCUCUGGGUCGUUUGUGAUAAGCUACCAAAGAACAACAAAACCAACCUGAGGUAUCUGGUGAAGUUUUUAGCCAAACUGGCUCAGGACAGCGAGGCCAACAAAAUGACUCCCAGCAACAUCGCCAUUGUCCUGGGACCCAAUCUGCUGUGGGCCAAGACCGAGGGGACUCUGGCUGAGAUGGCUGCAGCUACCUCUGUGCACGUGGUGGCCAUCGUGGAGCCCAUCAUCCAGCACGCUGACUGGUUCUUUCCUGAGGAGGUGGAGUUUAACGUGUCGGGGAUGUUUGCGAUGCCCGUCCCCGCCUCAAACCACAACAACCACCUGGACUACGACAGCGGCACCAUCGAGAGGAAGAGGCCCGGCAGCGCGAUGGGACCAGACGGCGACACGUCACGCAAGGACAACACCACCCCUAACAAGCACUCGGACCACACCCUGCGUAGAGGCAGUAACACCUUAGGUAGAAAGCAGCACACCUCACCUGCCUUCCAGCCUCCUUUACCCCCUGUGGAGGCUCCAGCAGGGCAGGGCCCCGUGGCCGGGCCGCUCCCCCUGCCCCUGGCCGAGCCUCAGCCUCAGCCACAGGCUCCUCCAGGGGGUUCAGGGCCUGACGCGGGUCAGCAUAGCUUGGCGCAGGGUUUGGCCGCUCUCGCAGCCGCUCAGCAGCUUCUAGCCCAGCACACAGAAGAGCUCAGUAACCCAAAGCUACGAGACUCCACAGCCGCGCCGACGCCUCUGCUCCAGAGGAACGGCUCUGGAGCAGGAGGAGGAGGAGGAGCAGGAGGAGGAGGCGGCCAGGCUGCAGGACAGCUGGGCACCGGGACAUCAGGAGCCGGAUCCAUGGGGCCAAGUCCUCAUAUGAUGCGCAGAGGUACAAAGAAACAGGCUCCGCCUCCUCCCAAACCCACCAACCCUCCUCCCUGUCAGCCAUGUAAUCCACUCAACCACGCCUCCUCCUCCUCUCCGACGCCCAGACCGCUGUCCAGCCACUCCCCCACCUCGCCGUCCUCGCAUCCGUGUGCCACGCCCAGACGCCACUCCAGCAACCAGCCGCCGCUGCACGCGCCCAGCCACCCGCCGCCCGAGCCGCCCACCCAGUCCAGUCCCCCGAUGCCGCUCGCGUCGCUCGCUCAGUCCGGCGCGGACGCGUCGCCUCCGAGCACGCCGACGCCUCCGGACACGCCUCCUCCGACCUCGGCUGCCGCCGGCCAGGACGCGGCCGCUCCUCCGUCUCCGUCUCCGUACCAGACCGGCUCCCUCCCGCGACCGCGGCCCGUCCCCAAACCGCGGAACAGACCCAGCAUCCCGCCGCCGCCGCAGCCCAACACGCCGGGCGGCGACGCUAACGGAGUGUGUGCGUCUGCGCUUAAGACGACGGGUGAGUACCCGGUGAUGUCGUUUAAAGGACUGAGUCGAGUUCUGAUCCCAGAGUUCUCUGCAGAGCAGCAGCCAGCGAUGUCCUUGUCCUCCUCGUCUUCGUCCUGUUUCCUGUCUCUACCUAAAGACUGUGACCUGGACAGUGAGAGCACCGUCCUCUAAGCAGGAGACGCUGAGACGCUCUCGUCCACAAACUCCUCGCACUUUCACCUCCUCCUCUUCCUCCUCCUCCUCCUCCUCCUCCUCACUCACGCUCAUCUGCAGCUACAGCUCCCCCCGGUGGCCAUGACAGACGUCACCGCGCUCCUGGUAAACAGUGGCUGUUGCAGCAGAAUUGACGCAGUUCAUUUCUGCGAUAAUUCGUAAAAAUAAUAAACGUAGCCGUCACUCUGUUACUGAUGCAGAUUAAGUCGGUUAAAUCUACAGGAUUAUUAUUAUUAACUAAAACUGAUAUUUAACAGCGUAUUUGGACAAAAACAAGCAGUUUAAAAAUGUAAAAACAUGUUUUUUGUGAAGCUAUAAUUUACAUUUUAAAGAGUGAACGGUUAAUAAAGAAAAUGAUCAUUAAAAAAGCAAAUGUAGGUGCAGAAAUAAAAAUCACUUUUUAUUGCUUUUUUCCCUUAAACUCAACAGUUUAAGUGAUGUUAGCAGCCAUUGUUUACUUAAAGGGAUAGUUCUGGUUUUAUUUGUUAAGAAAACAGUUUUUCACAUAUUCUUCUACUUAAGUCUAUGAAUUUUCACCUUUUAUUCCAACAUUUGACAGAUUUUUCUGCCUAAAAACUGACAUUUUUUAAUCCUCUCAAUCUCCUGCACUCCAAGAAAAAAAGCGAUUUUAGCUCACGGGGAAACAGGAGCUGCUGGUCCACUGGUGCCUCGUGUGGUCACUUUGUGCCACUGAUGUAAUCCCACACUAAAGUCGUAAAAUAAGAUAUUUGAACUUAAUAAAGGAGGCAGCAGCGGAACAGCGAACGUUCACAAAGUGACAAAAACUUCACUUUCCAGCCCAAAGAAAGCUGUUAAACAAUGAGAUUAAGUGACAUAUUGUUGACUUAACACUUUCCACUUAACAAAGAUUUAAUUUAAUUAACUCUUUGUUAAGUGGAAAGUGUUUUUCCUGUUUUCCUGCUGUUGUCAGUGAGUGAAGCUCCUUCUCGGUUCCUCUCACAACCAAAAACCCCAACUAUCCCUUUAAAAAAGCAGCUCCGGACAAUCGUCAGUGUGUGAGGAGUGAGGAUUUCUGUAGCAAUACAUGGCCUCUGUCUGACAGCAGGGGGCAGUGUGGAGUGAGAUUGUGUUUUUUCUUUUUCUUUUUGCCUGAGACGAUGAAAACAUGAGGGUGAACCGAGGUCAAAAACCAAAAGUUGUUUCCUGAAGUGUAGCUGGUGACUGCAGGUUUCCAGUCGUCCCAAACACUUCCUCGUCUCCUUCCCUCCUUCCUCGUCUCCUUCCCUCCCUCCUCGCUCUUGUAUUUAUUUACCAAACAAACACAAACAUUCCCUUGUGGCUUCAGUCUUUAAAACGUAAACCACGCCUUACACGGGUUCCUCCUGUUGGAUCAGAACCUCGGCCUUUUCUAAAACUGUAUUUACUGUAAAACAAACAAAGUAAAGUCAAGUCUCCUGAGACGACAGUAUUUUCACAGGAAGACUGCGUUGUUCUUUGUUUCAGGGACGCGAGGAAAGAACGAAAGUUGUGUAAUUUAAAAUAAUGUUGAUUUUGUUUUUGUUGGGAGUGAAGUCGCCGUCUGAACGCGGUCCGUCAGUAUUUAGCUUCCCUUUGUUUUUGUCGGGACAGAAAAGACGAGAAGACGCUGUGAGCGAGUGAAUGUAGAGAAACCAGUUUAAUCCCGAACUGAAAAACACAAAAAACAGCAAACGUUUGCACUUGAUCUCGGAAAAAUUACAAAGUAAAUUAACGCGUUAUUAUGCUUCUUUUCUCAUGAUAAUCUUGGGAUUACGAAACACCUCGAUGGCGAGAUGAAUUAUUUUUAUUUCGUGAUAACGAGGUUCUCAUAAUUAGAUAAAUUAUAGAGAGUUAUAUCGGGACAAUGAGGCUUGUUUUGUCGGGAUUAUGAAGUAAAUAAAAGUGUCAUGAUGUCAUCAUGAGAGAAUAAGCGUUCUCCUGCCAAGUUAAUGUGAAAUCUUGAGAUUACGAAACUCGCUUUCCUGUGACCACAAGAUUAAUUGUGCGUUAUUUCGCGAUAACGAGGCUCGUUCUGUUGUGGUGACAGAAUAACGGUGUGUUCUCUUGUGAUAACGAGGCUCGUUUUCGCAUCAUAACGUCAUAAAUGAAUGCGAUAUCUCGGGUUUAGCCGGUUAUUACAAAAUAACGAAGCUUGUUUUUUCACAACAUAAAUUAUUGCGUUGUCUCGGAAUAAUGUUGCUUGAUUUCUCACGAUAGCGACAAAUGAUCGCAUUUUCUCACGAUAACCAUAAAUGAAUGCGAUAUCUCGGGAUUAGACUUGCUUUCUCAUGAGUACGGGAUAAAUUAAUGGGUUAUCGCGAGAUACCGACGCUUGUUUCCUGAUUACGACAUAAAUUAUCGCAUUAUCUCGGGACAAAAACUCACAAUGACAUUAUUGCGAUAUCUCGGGAUUAGACUUGCUUUCUCAUGAUUAAGACAAAAAUUGCGCUCGUUUCUUAUCACGACAUAAAUGAUUGCGUUAUUUGGGGACAGAAGGGCUGGUGCAGGCCAGCGAGUGGUUUCUUUCUUUCUUUCUUCUUAUUUUUCCCGUCUUUCUCACUGAGCUGAGAGCACACGCUGUGACGCUGUGACUCUCAGCAGUGACGUGGAGUUUGACCGUUUGUGUUUUUUGAUGUAACAGAGUUACGUCGCGGUAUCAGUGGAGAGAGUCUGAGCUGCAAAACAUGAGGAAGUCGCAUUAAAGCGUUAAAAUCCGCUUGCUGCCUUAAUCAGAAGAGUUUUUGCAUCUCCAGAAAACAAAAACAAAGAAAUGCCAUUAAACUAUAAAAAAAUGAAGAUGCUGCGUCGUUUUAAAGCUUUUUUUUUCUUUUCUGUCUGAUCAGCUUCAAUGUUGGAAUAAAGAAACACUAUGUAAUAUGAAAAGCUUGGUUAUUUCCCUCUUUUCCAAAGAAAAUAAAGUAUAUGAAGAAACUA